AUGAUACCCCAGAGAAGUCCUGUCUGCAGAGACCCUUUGUCCCGGCAUUGUCUCUCCACAAAACGAACCAUGUCAGCAGUGAUAGAACCCAUCACCACAGGCCUAAGCCUCUUCAACGAGUCUUUCACAGCCGCCCAAACCAUCCAAGCUUUGAAAGGUGCCCCAGAAGAAAUCCAACGCGCCGUCCGCUUAAUCUCCAGCGUCCAAGCCGAAAUCACCAACGCAAAAGCCCUCCGCGACAGAGUCUUCGACGUCAAAAGAUCUGAAACCGCAAGCAAUCAUGACUUUGAAGAAAUCCAAGAAGCCAUCCGAAACCUGGACGAUCUCAUUACCUCCAGCGCCCGUUCCCUUCAGGCCAAACCAGAAGACCAAUCCCCAAAACGUCGAGAUGAUAAAGGCGCCAAACGUCCAAAGACCACAGUGAGGAAACGGUUUGGCUGGGUUGUAGGGGGGCAAUCCCAACAUGACGCCAACAUGCAAGAACUCCAAGUCCACUACCAGCGUUUCGUGGCUGCCAAAACUUUGCUGCAAAACCGGUCGAGGGAACCACCCCAGGGAAGGAGUCCGUCGUUGCCGUUCGGGGACUUGGAGGUGAUGAGCUCCGAGUCGCCCAGCGGCGGCAUUGGGUACUACAACCCGAGCCCUACUAGCAGCAACAACCAGCUGCUUCUCUUUCCUACGAGUUCGACAGGGCAUAUACCAGUUUCACCGAGUAGGAGCAUGGAGAGGAUGCUCUCCGAGCAGGACGAGUCCGACACGGAGCGGCUGAGCACCACGCAGAGUAGCGUUGAUGGUGGGCAGGGGAGUCAACAAGUCGCAACUCCACCUCCGACCUCCCCAGCCCCUGACCGCCCCGAAGUCUUGAUAUGGACUGUUUCAGAGGGCUCAACAGUGGAGGAUACCUUCUUUGCGCGCAAGCGCAAAAGGAGGAGAAGGGAUAGUUAUUAG